AGCGCAGCGGACCGGGUGCCAAGCUCCGGCGCCCGCGGCCGCCGCUCCGAGCCACAGGCCACAGUUGCUUUCCCCACCAAGGCUGAGGCGCCCCAGAGCCAUGGACCGCCUGAACUGCAGGGUCACGAUUGUACUGCUGGGUUUCCUGCUGCUGCGUGCGGCGCGCCUGCUUCGCGGGGCAGAGGCUUCUGAGAUUGCUCUGCCACAAGGAAGCAGCAUUACCAUUCUCAUAAAGCUGGGGCCAUCAGCUCCACCAGUGAAACCCUGCUUCAUCAUCAUUUCUAAAAGGCAUGUGACCAUGUUGGUCAUCAAAGCUGGAGAAAAAAUGGUCUUUACCUUUAGCUGCCAGGACCCACAGAACCACUUUGUCAUGGAGAUCCAGAAGAACAUUGACUGCAUGUCAGGCCCCUGUCCCUUCGGGGAGGUUCAGCUUCAGCCCUCGACGUCGACCUUGCCCGCCCUCAACAGAACUUUCAUCUGGGAUGUCAAAGCCCACAAGAGCAUUGGCCUGGAGCUGCAGUUCUCUCUCCCACGCCUGAGGCAGAUCGGGCCCGGGGAGAGCUGUGCAGAUGGAGUCACUCACUCCAUCAGCGGCCGCAUUGAUGCCACUGUGGUCAGGAUCGGAACCUUCUGCAGCAAUGGCACCGUGUCCCGGAUCAAGAUGCAAGAGGGAGUGAAGAUGGCCUUACACCUGCCAUGGUUCCACCCCAGAAAUGUCUCUGGCUUCAGCAUUGCCAACCGCUCGUCUAUAAAACGCCUGUGCAUCAUCGAGUCUGUGUUUGAGGGGGAAGGCUCUGCAACCCUGAUGUCUGCCAACUACCCUGAAGGCUUCCCGGAGGAUGAGCUAAUGACCUGGCAGUUUGUGGUCCCUGCACACCUGCGGGCCAGCGUCUCCUUCCUCAACUUCAACGUCUCCAACUGUGAGAAGAAGGAGGAGCGGGUGGAGUACUACAUCCCAGGCUCCACCACCAACCCCGAGGUGUUCAAAUUGGAGGACAAGCAGCCUGGGAACAUGGCUGGGAACUUCAACCUCUCCCUGCAGGGCUGUGACCAAGAUGCCCAAAGUCCAGGGAUCCUGCGACUGCAGUUUCAAGUUUUAGUCCAGCAUCCACAGAAUGAAAGCAAUAAAACCUACAUAGUCGACUUGAGCCAGGAGCGAACCAUGUCCAUCACCAUCGAGCCUCGGCCGGUCAAACAGAGCCGCAAGUUUGUCCCCGGCUGCUUCGUGUGUCUGGAGUCUCGGACCUGCAGUACCAAUGUCACCCUGACGCCCGGCUCCAAGCACAAGAUCUCCUUCCUUUGCGAUGACCUGACGCGCCUGUGGUUGAACGCGGAGAAAACCAUAAGCUGCACGGACCACCGGUACUGUCUCAGGAAGUCCUACCAACUCCAGGUGCCCAGCGACGUCCUCCAGCUGCCCGUGCCACUGCACGACUUCUCCUGGAAGCUGCUGGUGCCCAAGGACAGGCUCAGCCUGGUGCUGGUGCCGAAGCAGAAGCUGCAGCAGCACACCCACGAGAGGGCCUGCAACACCAGCUUCAGCUACCUGGUGGCCACACACCUGGCCGCACCUGGCCAGGACCUGCACUACGGCUCCUUCUGCCCCGGAGGCUCCAUCGAGCAGAUCCAGGUGAAGCAGAACAGCUCCGUGACCCUCCGUACCUUCGCUCCCGGCUUCCAGCAAGAGGCCUACAAGCAGGGUCUGACCGUGUCCUUCGUCCCACACUUCAAAGAGGAUGGUAUUUUCACAGUGACCCCAGACACAAAAAACAAGGUCUACCUGAGGACCCCUAACUGGGACCGAGGUCUGCCAGCCCUCUCCUCCGUGUCCUGGAACAUCAGCGUGCCCAGUGAUCAGGUGGCCUGCCUGACCUUCUUCAAGGAGCGUAUCGGCGUGGUCUGCCAGACGGGGUGGGCACUCAUGCUCAUCCAGGAGCAGAGGACGCAACUGGAGGAGAUCUUCAACCUGGAGGAGGUCAUGCUCCCCAAACCGAGCUUCCACUAUCACAACUUCUGGGUCAACAUCUCCAACUGCAGCCCUGUGAGCGGCAAGCAGCUGGACCUGCUCUUCUGGGUGACUCUUAGUCCAAAGACCAUGGACCUGACUGCUGUCAUCAUCGCUGUGGUGGCCGGUGGGGCCUUGCUGCUGUUGGCCCUCGGGCUCAUCAUUUGCCUUGUGAAAAAGAAGAAAAAGAAAGACAAAGGCCCCGCCGUGGGCGUCUAUAAUGGCAACGUCAACACCCAGGUGCCAAGGCAGCUGAAAAAGUUCCCUAAAGGAAGAAAGGACAAUGACUCUCACGUGUACGCGGUCAUCGAUGACACCAUGGUGUAUGGACAUCUGCUACAGGAUUCCAACAGGUCCUUCCUCCAGGCGGAGGUGGACACUUACCGGCCCUUCCAGGGCCCCACGGGGGACUGCCCUCCCUCCCCACCCCCCAUAUGCUCCAGGACCCCAACUACAAAGUUGACCACAGAGGAGCUGCCCCCUUGCAUCUCUCCUGAGUCUGAGAGUGAACCCUACACCUUCUCCCACCCCAACAAGGGGGAGAUGGGCAACGGGGACAUAGACAUUCCCUUGCUGGAUACCCAGGAGCCCCUGAAGCCAGCGGAGGAACUUUAGAUACCUUCCAAAGGCUUCACUGAGAUGUGCAAGCAGGGCACCAAGACACCCUCCAGCAUUCCUGUCCAGAGCUCCUAAAGGAGCGUAUGGAAGAAGAGCAGGUUUUCCUGGACACCAAGGAUUUCCUGGCCACACCUGUCAGAUUUCCCAGGGGACUCAUUCCAGUGAUGAGACAUUGAAAAUGAGGGAUUCUGACCUGGAUACAGUCGCCACCGUUCACGUCCUUCUAAAUUCAGGUUGCGUUGUGGGGCAGCCCGUAAUGAGAGGAGAUGAGAGUCACCUGGCCCAGGGUCACCUCGAGCCCUGGAUUCAGAGUGAUAAAUGGAGUCUUGCCCCCAUGGGGGUGACAAUUCUAAUUCCUAGGAGCCCACCUGAGGUCCUGGCUCCCAUUAGGGUCCCCUGGAUGAAAACGACACUGUGCCUUAUUGUUAUUUAUGUGGUGUUCCUAUGUAUUUAAGAGGUCAAAGGUAUCAACUCGCAGUUCUUUUCACCUCAUAAUAGUAAUGACUUGUGCCAACUGGUUCCUAUGGCGGGGCGGGGCUUUGACUUUUGCCAACUGUUAGAUAAACGUGUGCUUGUCCCCUGUGAGGUGGGAUCAUUUGCACCCUGUCCCACCAGAAACGGGUGUGUGUUGGAGCUGCAGGGUCACCCAUCUGCUUGGGUGAGAGACUUCUGGUUCUCUCCAUCUGCAUAUAGUUAUCCCACGGCAGAAAUUUAUCCUGGGUCCCCUUGUCUUUUUUUUUUUUUUUUUUCCCCCUGCAGUGCUGGGGAUUGAACCCAGGGCCUUUUGCUCGACAGGUAAGCACUCUGUCAACUGAGCUACAACCCAGCCCUCCCCUUGUCUUUUACUCCUAGAAAUGAGAGAAAUUUCUUUGAGUUGCCGUGUGUGGCUCUCCCAGCUGCAGUAAGAUUUUGACGUUUAAACAGAAAUUUAGAGAAUACUUUCCUCCCCUAAAAAUGUUUAAAUAUAUACCAGAGAGGAGCCACCUGUGUUAGUUUCUAUUGCUACUGCAACACAUUAUUUAGUGGCUUAAAAACAACACAAAUUAAAUGUCUUACCAUCUGGAGAU